AUGUCCUUAGGUCUAUUUAAUUCAAAGACUUUAAAUAAUGCGACUGUAGAAGUAGGGAAAAGGGGUAUCCAUGUCGUUGCCGCUGCUGGAAAUGAUGCAGAAAAUACUUGUUUAACUACACCAGCAUCAGCACCUAAUGUCAUAGCAGUUGGAGCUACUGAUGCUAAGACUGAUGUUAUUGCAGAUUUCUCAAACAUUGGAAAAUGUGUUAAUAUCUUUGCUCCAGGUAUCGAAAUCACUGCAGCUGGAAAUGAGUCUCCUACCGAUCUUGUAACAUUUACAGGAACCAGUCAAGCAUCUCCUCAUGUCGCUGGUACAAUUGCUUUAAUUAUCGCAUCAAGUGGAAAUAGAUCUCCUGAUCAAAUGAAGAAAUUUCUCGACAAUUUGUCGACAAAAAAUGUAGUAAAAG